CAAAAACAAUCAACAAAAGGGCCUAAGUAACAAGUCUCGUCUUCUUCCUUGCAUCACUUUGCUGAAGAGCUCUCUGAUAAUGGCUUCCACUUUCCUUCAAUCUCUCUCUCAACCAAAUCCACUUCUCAUAAACCAGAACUUAACUCAAUUCUCCAUAAACCCAUCAAUUCUAAUCAUCCAAAACCCACAAAAAGCCCAUUUCUUCUCCAUCAAAUGCACUUCAACCUCAUCCCCAGAACCCACCAUUAAUGAUGAUGACGACCCAACUCCAUACUCCACCACCUUGAACAACGCAGAAACUUUCCCUAUUGAAAAGAGAAGAAGAUCUGAAAUACUGAGAGAAAGAAAGUUAAAAAAAGAACUUACAAAAGCUGAGCCACCGAAUUUUGAGAUAGGGUGGAAAAGAACUAAAAAGAUUGAGCUUGAGAAGCCAAAAGGGUAUGUGAUAAUGGAUUUCUUGGGGAAGUUGGAGGAGUUGAUGGGAAAAGAGUUUGGUUCAACUGCUCUUUUGGCUAAGGCUGGAGAAAUAGUAGCAGAGAGAGCCAGAGAAGAGGCAGAGGUGUUGAGAGAUGAAGGGAAAGUAGAGGAGCGAAUGGUGACUGAGUUGUUUAGGGUUUUGAAGUUGAUGGAAAUGGAUUUGGCUAUGGUUAAAGCUGCUGUUAAAGAAGAGACUCUGGGUGAGAGGCUUGAACAGGCCAAGGCCAGAUGCAGGCAAGCUAUACUUGUUGCUAAUUCAUUUUGAACAUUAAUCACAAUAAUAAUAAUAACAAUAAUAUGGCUUUAUUAACUUCUUUCAAUCCAGGUUAAUUUUAGGGACAAUCUUCAAAACUCUUUUACUUGUAAUAAUUCAUGAGUUGCCAUCACACCAAGAGUUCCCAAGAAUUCUAUCCCUCACCAUGAUUAUCGUUGCCAAUUUAUUGUGUCUGAAUUUUCCUUUGGUUGAUUUCAGUUGAAUGAAAGGCUGGAAUUCGAGAUA